GCGAGAGGACGGAACAGAACGGAACCCAGCAGAACCCGGGAGAACAUGGUGCCGGAGCGGCCGACCCAUUAACAUCCCGGUUCUAACAGCUGCGCAAAGACCUGCAGGAGGACCCCAUUCAACUCAGCUCUUACUAAGACCUGCUGGAUUUGCAGCAGCAGAAAUGGGCAGCAAGACUCUGCCAGCGCCAGUCCCUCUUCACCCGUCCCUUCAGCUGGCCAACUGCUCCCUCAUCCAGAGCUCCACGGGUCUCCAGAUGCCAGCAGAUAAUUUUCAGAGCAUCUACAGUUUCAGCGCCCUUCACGCCAUCCAGCUUCACCACUGGACCCUCGGCUAUCAACCGCUGGCCUUCCCUCGAUGCACCAUCUCCAAGCUGCCUCCCCACUUUACCUCCAUGGCCUCCAUACCUAUAUUCCCCCAUCUCUUGCAGCCCAAACUGGACUCCGCGGGGUUGCUGCAGAGCUCCAAGAGCAAACCCCGCUUUGAUUUCGCCAACUUGGCAACGGCAGCCACGCAGGAGGACCAUCUGAAGGUGGAGGACCUGAGCAUGACGGGUCCUGCUCGGGCUGCGGCGCAGGUUUCGUCUCAACACCAGACCUCAGCCGGCCUGGGCUGCCUGCUGGACGUGACUAAACUGUCGUCACCAGAGCGCAAGUCCAGCCGCGGCCGCCUGCCCUCCAAGACUAAGAAGGAAUUUGUUUGCAAGUUUUGUGGCCGGCAUUUUACCAAAUCCUACAACCUUUUGAUCCACGAGAGGACACACACAGAUGAGAGGCCGUACACGUGUGACAUCUGCCACAAGGCUUUCAGAAGACAGGACCACCUUAGGGACCACAGGUACAUCCAUUCCAAAGAGAAACCCUUCAAAUGUCAAGAGUGCGGGAAGGGAUUCUGUCAGUCCAGGACGCUGGCUGUCCACAAAACAUUACACAUGCAGGUCAAGGAACUGAAGCCAGCCAAGAUUAAGUAAUCCAGCAACAACAAGGCUAAGAUCAGGACACUGGAUGAACAAGAUGACAGCCAGUGACUUUCAUCUCAGCCGUGUGAGGUGCAGCUUUUUAUGUAAACGUUCUUCAAGGAUGAACUAUUCCACCAGCCACCUCUUAGAGCAAUCAAACCAGAAUAUGCCUUAGUGGAGAGGUGUAUGCUUAGUUAUCAAAGCCUGACUUGGCAUGGACCCCAGUGGAUGUGUGGAAUGUGAAAUGGACCUUAAAAAUCCUUCCUGUGGCUCAGCACAAAAAACUGCUUCAAAAGCUUAUAAUCCAAAGAGGAAGAUUACGUUCAUGCAUUUAUUUUCUUUAAAUGAAAAUGAUCAAAGCCAUGUUAGAAAAACACAUUU